GGCACUAUUAUUUGCGGUGUGAGUAAACUUCCAUAGUUCUUUUUUAUGGUUCUCUUUUACCAUCCUAGGGACUUUAAUUCUGCAAUACAGAAUCGCCAACCAACACACGUAAAACCUCGAGUUCCUGAACACCAAACAACUUAUCACAUCUCCUUUCACAUUAUUUCAUCUAGAACCUUUAUCAUCGUAUAAAGGAUUCUUUAACUAACACUCGAUUCUUUUCUAGGUAUGUAUGUGACUUAGACAUUGUAUUAUCGCGUCAUUCACACCCCUGACAUUCACCUUUCAAAGUUGUAUGUAGAUACCUAAUCUACAUACCCAAGUGCCCGCUGCACCUACCGGUACCUAAUUAUUUAAGUACCUGCCCCUCCAAACUUCAAUGUUCCUAGCUCUUUCUGCUAGGCUUGCCCGAACCCACCGCAUCCAACCAAACUUCACUAAACUUCAUUCAUCAUCCGUCAUUCAACUUCUACUUUACAUCUUUUUCCCUUCCCACAAGCAGACGAUACCAACCACAUCAACAAGCCAUCACAUUUUACGAAAUAUCAGAUUUUCUACCUCCGUACAUUGCGCGACGGAUCUCUAACGAACGCAUACUCACCAUUCGCAGAACUCACCCAUAAUCAAAUCCGACAUCAUGGUUGAGACUGAAGCCCCUCCCGCCGCGGAUUACAUCCGCCUACAAUCCAACGACAACAUCAAGAUCGAUGUUGAGAAGGCCGUUGCCGAGCGAUCCCUUCUAAUCAAGAACAUGCUCGAGGAUCUUGGUCCCAACGCUGAGGGACAAACUAUCCCUAUCCCGAACGUUACCGAGCCUGUCCUUCGCAAGGUGAUUGAGUGGUGCGAGCACCACCGCAACGACCCCCCCGCCACGAACGAGGACGAGUCCGACAACCGCAAGAAGACCACCGACAUCGACGAGUGGGACCAAAAGUUCAUGCAGGUUGACCAGGAAAUGUUGUUCGAGAUCAUCCUUGCGUCCAACUACUUGGACAUCAAGGCUCUUCUCGACGUUGGCUGCAAGACCGUUGCCAACAUGAUCAAGGGCAAGUCCCCGGAGGAGAUCCGAAAGACGUUCAACAUUACGAACGACUUCACUCCCGAGGAAGAGGAGCAGAUCCGCCGGGAGAACGAGUGGGCCGAGGACCGAUAAACACCUUGCCCAACAUCCAUAUUUUACCAGCGUCCCCUUCCAUAUUUCGUCCUCGUUCGGCACACAUCCGGCUUUAUUUAGGGUUUAGGCGGACUGCAGUUUGCGGCGGAGUGAUUUUUAUGAGAUUGGUUCACUGCGGCUCGUGAUAGAAUUCGAGGGUACUUUCCCUUGGUAGCUGGCUAAAUAGGCCAAUCAUUGGCGUGGGAUCAUGGAAAUCAUACUCGGUACAUGAUUCAUCACGCUAGUCUGCUACCAAAACCAGCGAAGGAGCCGGUACCAGUAUCCAUACGAAACGCCGAACAGCUUGAGGACUUGCACAUAUGUUUUAGGCGUUUUAAGGUCGCAUUUGAUAGCAAUAGACAUUGCUUUUUAAACGAAACUAGUUUUUCCUGUGAUAUGUUAUCGCUUGCUUGAUAUUGAAUCUACCUAAUUAAACUCUGUGCUGUACCAUGCGUGCCUGGAAUGGACCUCUUCGAGGUUGUAGAUUAGCGAUAUCAUU